UCUUAGAGAUGAUGUAAAUAGUAUACACGGAUGGAACUAUGGACUUGGACAUUGUAACUUCGCAAAUAGAACUCUAACGAACACGGUGGGGCUUUGUAUAGAAGUAGGUGAUGAAUGCCAGCGUCUCACUUCCUACACCAACUGCAACUCUGCGCCCGACGCCGCGUGCCUUUUACCGCCAAAAACCUCCACGCCCAAAUCAUCAAAACGGGCCUCCAUCUAUGCGUGCCCUUACCCAACACCCUCUUGGAUGCCUACGGGAAAUGCGGUCUAGUCGAAGACGCGCGCCAGAUGUUCGACGAAAUGCCUCAACGAGACCUUGUCUCGUGGGCUUCAAUUUUCACCGCCCACAACCUAGCCAACGUCCCCCACCGAACCCUCUCCAUGUUCCCUGCAAUGUUCGAGUCUGAUGGUUUGCAGCCGGACCAUUUUGUGUUUGCUUGCAUUGUCAAGGCCUGCUCUGGUUUGGAAGCUGUUAGACAAGGCAAGCAAGUGCAUGGCCGAUUUUUGGUGUCCUCAUUUCGUGAUGACGAUGUGGUUAAGUCGUCCCUGGUUGAUAUGUAUGCGAAAUGUGGAUUGCCCGAUAAUGCUCGUGCAGUUUUUGAUUCAAUUGUGUCCAGAAGUCCGGUUUCUUGGACUGCUCUGAUUUCAGGGUAUGCCAGGAGUGGAAGGAAAUCAGAUGCUAUCGAAAUGUUUGAGAGGGUACCUCUUAAGAAUUUGUUUUGUUGGACUGCUUUGAUAUCUGGGUUGGUACAGAGCGGACACGGCGUUGAUGCGUUUUAUUUGUUUAUUGAAAUGAGGAGAGACGGGGUUGAUAUAGUGGACCCAUUAGUUCUCUCCAGCAUUGUUGGAGCUUCUGCUAAUUUGGCAGUGUUGGAGCUUGGAAAGCAGGUUCAUGGUCUAGUUAUUGGUCUUGGCUAUGAGUCUUGCUUGUUUAUUAGUAAUGCACUAGUUGAUAUGUAUGCAAAAUGUAGUGACAUUUUAGCUGCUAAGGAUAUUUUUGCUCGAAUGCAUCGAAGAGAUGUAGUUUCUUGGACUUCUAUAAUUGUUGGGGCAGCUCAGCAUGGGCAAGCUGAGGAAGCUUUGACUUUAUAUGAUCAGAUGAUUGCAGCCGGAAUGAGGCCAAAUCAAGUGACCUUUGUUGGAUUGAUUUAUGCUUGUAGCCAUGUUGGUUUAGUUAGCAAGGGACGUGCUCUUUUCAGAUCUAUGAUUGAGGAUUACGGGAUUAGCCCCUCCCUGCAGCACUAUACAUGCUUUUUGGAUCUUCUUAGUCGCUCGGGGCACCUUGAUGAAGCUUCAAAUGUUAUUGAUUCAAUGCCGUUUGAGCCGGAUGAACCCACUUGGGCAGCUUUGUUAAGUGCUUGCAGACAUCAUGGAGAAACCCAAAUGGGAAUCAGGGUUGCCGAUCAUCUUUUAAGCUUAAAACCGGAAGACCCUUCAAGUUACAUACUGUUGUCUAAUGUCUAUGCCGGUGCACGUAUAUGGGAAAACGUAGCAGAAGUGAGAAAGUUGAUGGUUGCUAGAGAAGUUAAGAAGAAGCCUGGUUAUAGUUCCAUUGGCAUUGGAAAGGAAAGCCAAGUCUUUUACGCCGGAGAGACAUCUCAUCCUAUGAAGGAUGAGAUUUUCGGUUUGCUCAAGGAGUUAGAUGCAGAGAUGAGGAGAAGAGGCUAUGUGCCUGACAGUAGCUUUGUUUUACAUGAAAUGGAGGACCAAGAGAAGGAAAGGCAGCUCUUUUGGCACAGCGAGAGGUUGGCUGUGGCCUACGGGCUGCUUAAGGCUGUUCCGGGGACUGCUAUUCGGAUAGUAAAAAAUCUUCGUGUCUGCGGAGAUUGUCAUACUGUAUUGAAAUUCAUAAGCAGCAUUGUGAAGAGGGACAUCAUUGUUCGAGAUGCCAGCAGAUACCAUCAUUUUACUGACGGGAACUGUUCGUGCAAUGACUUCUGGUAACUCUAUAUAUUUUUGGUUUCCCUUUCUUUUACAAAGUUCUGCUUUCUAAUUAAAGAAGGUAGACCGAAGGUGUGGAGAUUGAAGCUGCUUUCGCUUUUGCAAGUACUUAAUUGAAAAGCCUUCGAGUUAUAAUUUAGAACA